AUGUCCUAUGUCAGGGAAAUAUUGAGGAGAGCGAAGAUUGAGAGAGGAGAGCUGCCCAAUGAAAAGUACUUGAAUCGAACGGAGGAGGAGCUCAAACAGAUUGACGCGGACGAGCUGCUAUGGUUCGGGGCUUCGCAAGGCGACGUUGCUCUGGUGCGGCAAGCCAUCAGUGAAGGUGCCAACGUGAAUUCAAUUGACCCGUCCAAAAACAAUCAGACUGCGUUGCACUGCGCUUGUGAUAUGAUGACGGGCUACCUGGAUGUUGUGGAGGUUCUUACGGCUCAUGGAGCGUCUGUGAAUGCUGUGAAUUGUUUCAACACAACUCCGUUGCAUCAAGCAGCUUUCUGGGCCCACAAGGACGUUGUGGUGAAGCUGCUGGAGCUGGGAGCUGAUCCUGUCGCGAAGAAUGAUGCUGAGAUGACUCCCCUGCUCAAUGCCGACGCUGAGUGGAAGGUCAACUCCCGUCCGCUACCCAUUAGAGAGGUUGCUGACGAGAGGAAGCAUACCUUCGAGGAUCCCAACAAAGGUGGAUGGGGCCAGCGGUUGAGAACCCCGGCACAUCGCAAGGAGGUGCUGGAUAUUCUGCACGCAGCAGCUGGCAACAGGAGCUACGGGAGAGGAGCAGAUCCUCUUCUAGGAGGACUCAAGUUCCCUGAUGUUUGGGACGAGUGGAACGAGGAGGCAGAGAUUGUGAACCCCUUGUCUCGCAAGCGAAAGGUUCCCGGGUCGAUUCCUCCUCCUCGCAACUUCCUCACGCCGGCCCAAACAAAGAUAAAGUGGAACUGGACGUUGGAGGAAGUGAUUGACGAGGCGAUCGACAAGCAAUGGGAGGAAGACAAGCACUUGAUGGAGGCGUACGGGAUCAAUCCGAACGAGGAAGAGACGAGUGAGAGCAAGUUAUUCUCCGACGAAUUAAAGGACAAGAACUCCGAUGGGUCGUCAGCCGACACCGACAAGAUCAUGGAGGAGUUUCACAAGCCCGAGCUGGACAUGUUCGGCAACGAGAUGGAGGACGAGAUAGCGGGUUCGAUUGGUCCCGGUUCCAACCGAGUCCUCAUCGAUGAUGAUGGGCAGGACGACGCAGGCUUGCAGUGA